AUGAGUUCGAUCCUCACUGACGCGCAUAUAUUUACCAAAGUGAAUUCACUGGACGCUAAGAAGAGUCCCUUGGCGUUGUUAGCACAGACAUGCAGCAGUAUUGGCAAAGACACAACUCCGCCAUCCAAACAGAUUAUUCCGCCAAUUGAGAAGAAGGACCCUAACAACAGCAGCUCGUCGGAGGGCAAAGACAAAUCCUCCAAAGAGAUGCACCACUCAGACAAGUCUCAUUCAAACGAUAUGAAACGUAACACGGACAGUCACGAUAAGAAAGAAUCCGGACGGGAGUCAAAUAAACCUGGCUUCCGUACCGUUCCUCCAAAGGAGAUUCCACCACUCGUACCUAUCAACACUUCGACUACUGACAGAUCCAACGUUUCUCCCUCGACAGCAGCUGAAAACCACUCGAGUAAUUCUCACAAGUCUUCCUCUUCCUCUUCGUCGUCGUCGUCUUCGUCUUCAUCGUCCUCCGAUGUCUGUUCGGUUUCCCGACCCAUGUCGGCUAACUGCCCCAGCGGCCAGCAAACCACUUCCGGUCGUAUGAGUCUGGGUAGUGUGUCCGAUUUGAGUCACCACGACUCUACAGGAAUAACAAAAACAACCCUGUCGCAGCACACGGCAUCGUUAUUAACACAUUCCUCUCUGGUCGGCGGUGGUCUCAAGUCUACUAGCCACCCUUCACUCCUGUCUACUUUGCCGACAGCUUCACUGGCUAGCUAUGGAUGCUUACCUCUAGUGGGUCAUGGGAUCGCUGUGGACGCGGCCGGCAACAGCCCUGUCUACCCGUCGCCCCUGGCCGCUCAUGCAGGUCUUAGUCUUGCCUCGGCUGCCGCCGCCGCCGUCGCCAACUCUUCACCAUUAAAACUUGGUGCUCAGCCAGCUGCCGUCUCGCCCUACUUUGCUUACGCACGCGUUCGAACCCCGACCGGUGCAACAACGUUGGUUCCCGUCUGCCGCGAUCCCUACUGCAGUAACUGCCAGAUGACCCUUCAGAACUCACACCUAUCCUCUACGUGCACGUCACCCGGAUGUACCCAGUGUGCUCACGAAAAGUCCCUCUUACAGUCCGGCAGUCUUGGCCUAUCGUCGGCCACUGGUCUACCUAUGUUGUCGUCCGUUUCCACAUUACCCACCCCGGGUGGCACCAUCACCGCCAGUCCGUCCCUGGGGUUCGGUACUUCUUUCUACCCUCAUUCAAUGCUCGGCACCCAGUUGCCCUAUAUUUGCUCAUGGGUGGCAGGAAAUGAUUACUGUGGUAAACGAUUCACAUCAUCCGAAGAACUUUUGCAGCAUCUGAGGACACACACUACAGCCAACGACGCAGCUACGAUAGCAGCUAGUUACAACCUUUCUUUCCCACCGGUCUCUUUGCCGAGUUGUCACGGACAAUAUACAGCCACAGGUUCCCUGAGCCCCAAUUCUCUCAGAAGAACCUACCCGACAAGUAUCAGCCCCGUCAGUGGUUUACUCGGUGCAGGUCGUUACCAUCCUUAUAAAACUCAGUUUACUAGCGUCCCGACGGGAGUGUCAGGAGGUCUACCUCUUACAAGCAUUGGGGGAACGUAUCUGUCCCCUUAUUCUACUUUAUAUGGACAUCGUCUAGGGGCUGCUGCGGUCCCCUGA